AUUGAGCGGAAUCGAACACUCGCUGCAGACAGAGAAAAAGAGCUGUGGCUGUUUGAGUUUAUGCUAGUAUCUGGAUGUAUUUUAUUAUUAUCGCCAAUGUGGCUCUGGGUUAGUCAUAACUUCCACAAAACUGGUCUCAAACGCUUUAACCCAGCAGUUUAGAUACGAAAACGACACAAAUGUAAGGCUUUUUUUUUUUUUAGAGUUAUUUCGUCUUGAAAGAAGAACGUGCCUUUUUCGCGCUAAACAUCUCUGGCGUUUGCGUGUAAUCAUAAUCAUCGCUUGUAUUUGUUGUUAUUGAACAAGUUUAGUGCUUGUUUUUUUUAUUCUGAGCGUCAUGGCGACGCAGAGAGUGCUGCCUCAGAGCAAAGAGACUUUGCUGCAGAACUACAACAAGAGGCUCAAAGAUGACAUCAAGUCCAUCAUGGAUAACUUCACGGAGAUUAUAAAAACAGCAAAGAUCGAGGAGGAAACGCAGGUGUCCCGCCCAGCUCAGGCAGAGCAGGACCACUACGAGAUGCACGUCAGAGCCGCCAACAUCGUCCGCGCUGGCGAGUCCCUCAUGAAACUGGUGUCGGAUCUGAAGCAGUUUCUGAUCCUGAACGACUUCCCCUCGGUGAACGACGCCAUCAGCCUCCAGAACCAGCAGCUGCGUUCGCUGCAGGAGGAGUGCGACAAAAAGCUGAUGUCGCUGCGGGAUGAGAUCGCUGUCGAUCUGUAUGAGCUAGAGGAAGAAUAUUACUCCUCCAGCUGCAGUCAGUGGGACAGCACUGAUCUGCCUCUGUGCGAGGCCUACCGCUGGCGAGACAGCUGGGCCUCCCCGAACAGCAGCUGCAGCUCUACGCACGGCGAUCAAGAGGAACCCGACGGACCUCUGUCACAGGAGGCAAACGCCCAAAACCUCAGCGAACUCGGGACUGCCUCCUUAGUGAAUCCAUAGCUGAGGACAUUGGACAUGGACAGAACUCUUGUUCUGUGACAGCAGCAUUUUUUUGUUUUCAUUAAACCUUUGGUUGUGGUGUUACAUUGAUCUUAUUUGAAACUGGAUUUGAAAGUCCCAUUUAUUGUCCAUACACAUCUUUCAAUGGUAACUUAAUAAACUUCACAGAAAAGAAAAGAAAAAGAUUUAAAAAAUAUGAAUCUUUGAACAUUGAAUACAGUUUGACCUAAAUAUUUACACCUAACAAGCAAUGUUUUUGUUAUGUUUUAGCCAAAAUAAAAGAACACAUCGUUAA